GCGCGAUGUGCGGUCCCGGCAUAGUCGAGGAUGGCACGGAGAGUUGGGAGCUUGGCAGUGGGAGAGAAUGUCUCCCAGUAGUCGAUGCCAUGGGUUUGGGUGAAGCCCUUGGCACAAUACCGGGCCUUGUAGACCGGCUCCUCACCUGGCAGCUGCUUCACUCCGAACACCCACAGGCCUUCAAGAAUGACGUCGUCAGGAGAGGGGACAAUGUUAACGAAUGAGGCAUUGCGGAUGAAGGCCUCGCAUUCAGCAAAGAUAGCCUGGAUCCACUUGGCG